GAAAUGAGAGCCUCUCCCCUAGCACAAGGUAUCAUUUAAGGUUAGAUGAUUUGAUACAGACAUCGGAUCAAGGACAAGCUAGAUUUUCAAGACAGUGCUGUAACUCACCGCUGAACCAAGACGCUGGGAACAGUUCAUAGCAUCAGAAACUUCAUCCACGUAGACUGAUGACAUCUCUCCAGUCUCCAGAAACUGUGAACUGAAGCUACAAAUCUUUAUGGAAUUUAUAUUACCUGUGUCAAAGGGCAUGUUUCUCUGAUAUUUCACGAGGACCCUUUACUGCCAGUAUGACGAGCCAGGACAAGUGGGUUAAUCUUAGUCCUGGAGAGUUCUCCCAGCUUCAGAAAUAUGCAGAAUAUUCCACCAAGAAAAUUAAAGAUGUCUUAGAAGAGUUCCAUGGCAGUGGUGUGUUAGCAAAAUAUAAUCCUGAAGGGAAACAAGAUAUACUUAAUCAAACAAUUGAUUUAGAGGGGUUCAAGCUGUUCAUGAAGACUUUUCUGGAGGCGGAGUUACCAGAUGAUUUCAUUGAACAUCUUUUUACAUCCUUUAGCAACAAAAUCUCUCACUGCAGCCCAUUAAUAAAAAACAAACCCCAGCACCUUUCUGGAGUUAAGGUUUCUGAAGAGAGAUGGAAACAGAUGCCAGGUCUGAGACUUAACAAAGGUACCUCUACAUCCCGACCUCCUACUCCUGCCAACCUACAUUCACCAGACAUGAUCCAGCUGAAAGAUAUCGUUUGCUACUUGUCACUGCUAGAAAGAGGAAGACCUGAAGACAAGCUAGAGUUUAUGUUUCGCUUAUAUGAUACAGAUGGGAAUGGAUACCUGGAUAGUUCGGAGCUGGAAAAUAUCAUUGCUCAAAUGAUGCAUGUUGCAGAGUACCUUGAAUGGGAUAUUACUGAACUGAGUCCAAUCCUUCAUGAAAUGAUGGAAGAAAUUGACUAUGAUCAUGAUGGCACUGUUUCUUUAGAAGAGUGGAUCCAAGGAGGAAUGACAACAAUCCCGCUCUUGGUCCUUCUUGGGUUAGAGAAUAAUGUGAAAGAUGAUGGGCAGCAUGUAUGGAGACUGAAGCACUUUAACAAGCCUGCCUACUGUAAUCUUUGUUUGAACAUGCUGAUCGGAGUAGGCAAGCAAGGUCUCUGCUGUUCUUUUUGCAAGUACACAGUCCAUGAGCGCUGUGUCUCAAGAGCUCCAGCAUCUUGCAUCAAAACAUAUGUGAAAUCCAAAAAGAAUACUGAUGUCAUGCACCAUUUCUGGGUAGAAGGAAAUUGUCCAACAAAAUGUGAUAAGUGUCACAAAACUAUAAAAUGUUACCAAGGCUUGACUGGACUUCACUGUGUUUGGUGUCAGAUCACGUUGCAUAACAAAUGUGCUUCACAUCUAAAACCCGAAUGUGACUGUGGACCUUUGAAGGACCAUAUUUUACCACCCACAUCAAUCUGCCCAGUAGUAUUGACGCUACCCACUUUAGGAGGUUUGCUCCCUGAGGAAAGACAGGCAACAGUGAAAAAAGAAAAGAGUUGUCCCCAGCAAAUGAACAAACUGGGAGAACGGAACAAAAUGCAAAGAGCAAAUUCCGUCACUGUGGAUGGACAAGGUCUUCAGAUCACUCCAGUUCCAGGCACUCAUCCACUUUUAGUUUUUGUCAAUCCUAAAAGUGGUGGGAAACAAGGAGAAAGAAUUUAUAGAAAAUUUCAGUACCUUUUAAAUCCUCGUCAAGUUUAUAGUCUUUCUGGAAAUGGACCAAUGCCAGGGUUAAAUUUUUUCCGAGAUGUUUCUGAGUUCAGAGUACUAGCAUGUGGUGGAGAUGGAACAGUAGGCUGGAUUUUGGAUUGCAUAGAGAAAGCGAACCUGGUUAAGCAUCCUCCUGUUGCUAUCCUGCCUCUUGGGACUGGCAAUGAUUUAGCAAGGUGUCUGAGAUGGGGAGGAGGUUACGAAGGUGAGAAUUUGAUGAAGAUCUUAAAAGACAUUGAGAACAGCUCAGAGAUUUUGCUGGACAGGUGGAAAUUCGAAGUAAUACCAAAUGAUAAAGAUGAGAAAGGAGACCCAGUGCCUUACAACAUCAUCAAUAACUACUUUUCUAUUGGUGUGGAUGCUUCAAUUGCCCACAGAUUCCAUAUCAUGAGAGAAAAACACCCAGAGAAGUUCAACAGUAGAAUGAAGAACAAAUUUUGGUAUUUUGAAUUUGGCACUUCGGAAACUUUCUCAGCCACCUGUAAGAAGCUGCAUGAAUCUGUAGAAAUAGAAUGUGAUGGAAUUCAGCUAGACUUAAUCAAUAUUUCUCUGGAAGGAAUUGCCAUUCUGAACAUCCCAAGCAUGCAUGGUGGAUCGAAUCUUUGGGGAGAGACAAAGAAAAGACGUAGCCACCGUCGGACAGAAAAGAAGAGGUCAGAUAAAAGAACCACAGUCACAGAUGCCAAGGAACUGAAGUUUGUAUGCCAAGAUCUAAGCGACCAGCUUAUGGAAGUGGUUGGUCUGGAAGGAGCCAUGGAGAUGGGACAGAUAUACACAGGUCUGAAAAGUGCUGGAAGACGGCUUGCCCAGUGCUCGUCUGUCGUCAUCAGGACCAGCAAGUCUCUGCCUAUGCAGAUAGAUGGGGAACCUUGGAUGCAAACCCCUUGCACGAUAAAAAUUACUCACAAGAACCAAGCCCCCAUGUUGAUGGGACCUCCUCCAAAAACCGGUCUUUUCUCUUCUAUCAUCAAGAGAACAAGGAACCACAGCAAGGAAUAAACCUAUGUAGUUUAGUUUUUAGAAAACCAAUUAGCUUUGUUGGGCUUUGGAAUAUUUAUGCUGGAAAUCUUUCAAGAAUUUUAGAAUAUCUUCUACUUGCAAAAUCAUGGAUUUUGGUUUAACAGUUUCUGUGACUGAGCUAAUGUAAAACUAUGCUACUAGAAAAAAAAUAUUGUCACAGUUUUGUAGGCAUUUUGCAUGAUUAAAGCAGAUGUUUACAUAAAGUGAUACAGCAUAUUUUUUGUUGCAUGCGUUACCAUGUACUAAUCUAUGGGCUAAUUCUGCCAUGGAAUAUGGGAAGAGAAUGCCAUGGGUAUUUUGAUUUUUCUGUCUUUUCCAUUUCAACAUUUUCUACUACAAUGCUCAUAUGCCAUAGGUUCAUAGUAUCUAUUGAAUCAGACAUCUUCACAUCAAUAGCCAAUUAGACCUGCUUCAGAGUAAAGUUUAUUACAGGUCUCAUUAACCUGUGCUUUUAGUUUAUCAUUUCUUUCUACCCUGACAGUAUUUUUAUUCAGCUAAGCAUUAAAAUCUUAUAUCUUAUUCUGAAAACUCCUAUGUAUGUGAGUAACUGUACCUGCUGAAAAUGCCUAACAAUGUGUGCAGUAUUCAAAUGAUCAUGAUUACUCUUGUGUAAGUUUUUGUAAGAUUGGAAGUCAAUGCAAGUUUGAGCAAAAACUGUAAGGCUAAAGAGAUCGUGCUAAGAGUGAAGAUAAUAACACUUGCAAAGCUAGCUAUUAGUGGUGUUUGUUGAAACACUAGAUUUAUUUUAAUGAGCAAUACAUCUCUGUAACAUGGCAAACUUUAAAUCAUUCUGCAUAUUGACCGAUAGCGUAGUGCAUAUGCACACAAGUAACCAAAGCUCAUGCCUAAUAAAGUGCAUUUCCCACCAAAGAUUUAGUGAAGGAUGCUUCAGAGAAAUGGGUUAAUGCAUAAUUAAUCAAGCUCACUGGAGUAGACUCACUUCUGAAAAUUUACAGUUCUUUUGAUUACGUUGGCAAUGUCCAGACAAAUGUUGGGGUAGGAAAAUACAUUAAAUUAAUUGCAAGUAAAUAUUCACUUUUAAUUUGUUUCAUAAGUUGAUAGACAUAGACACCUACUCUAAAUUUUGGAAAAUAAACUUAUAUCUAAUUUUUGUUGUCAUUAUUAUUUAUAAAGUUAUGCCAUCCAUAAUUUACUCAUCCCCUAAAUUAAUUUCUUAAGGAAAGGAUAUAGCAUUAUCUAUUCCCCUUUUGUAGUCUGCUGUCUGGAAUCAAAACAUUUCUCGUCAUGACUUUUGGGGAGGCAGUUGCUCAGGUUUUUACUUUCUUAGCCUCUGAGAGACUUCCUAACAGCUUAGAAAUCAUAAUACAGGGAUUUGUCUGAGGUUUGCACAGCACUGUCUAAUGUUGAAGGGAAGUCCAAGGAUGGCAACUUUUUUCAGUCUCUUGCAUAUAAACGGUCUCAAUUGAAACUUUUUGUGCAGUCUUAACAUUGUUCUUUGUUCGGAGUGAGCUGCUUCUCAGCUCUGCAUGUCUUAAGUUCUCAGAGAUUUCAUCGAAAAACAAACAAGGAAAAAUAAAACUUUGCUUGAAAUGCAUGAUUUCCCAUUUUUAUCUAGACUUUAAAACGUUAAUGAUUUAUUAAAUCUAUUUUUCUAUUGAUUCAUUCAUCCAUUAAAAAAAAUAGUAUUUCAUCAUUCUGUGGUGCACGAUUCUGUGCAUGUAUUUAAAGAAAGUUACUAUCAUUUUUUCAUCAGUAUAAGAAUUCAACAGAGUCUUAAUUUAUAUAAUAGGUACUGAAAUAAAAAUCAGUAUAUAGUUGGUAAGGAUUACGUCUUUGAAAUAUACAGUCUGUGUUCUGUAAACAUUAGGAGGUAAAUACCAAUUAAUGUUAUGUUCAGCACUAGGUAGAAAAAUACGAAGGCAAUUAUGUGCUAAAAUUAAGAUCUUGUAAUUCCCCAUUCUUGGGUCCAGUGGUGCUGACAAUUACAGUUACCGCAGGAGUAAACUGUUAUUUUUCCUGUGCAUUGCAAACUGCAAACACACACACACAGAAGCAUUUGAUGCACUUCUUACCUGCAGACGUACAGAGGAUACAGCAAAGGAUAUUUGCAAAAAGAAGGAACUUGCUGACAUAAUAUUACGUAAAGUGUACAUUGGUUUUAUGAACUAUGGUUAUAGGUGAUAAAUAUUUUCACAUAACUUAACAUAGGAUUUUCUACCAACGCUCUCAACUUUUUGUGGCAAAAAUGUGUUUAACAAUAAUAUAUAAUGUGCUCUCUAUGAUUAUCUCAUGAACAUUGUAACUCUGAAAACAAAUAAAAUUAUACAUAAGCUAUUAUUUAA